AUGGACCUCGCGUUCGAUAUCGACGAGCCUGUCGUAGUCAAGGAGUGCUGCCACCCCGGAACAACCAAGCGGAUGCUCGAGCUAUGUCCCAAGCAUGGCGCCAAGGCUAAAUCUGGAGCAGGUCGUUUUAACAUCCUCCAGGUCUCCAAAGCGAUCAGGACGGAGGCGAUGUGGGUCGUCUUCGACAGAACCCCUCUUCACCUCAAUACAGAAGGCAGUAUAAGCAAGUACUACACCACCCUCCCCCGCCCGCGUACUCUCCGCAAGGUCAUCGGCUACAGGAAGCCUACUGCAUGCAAGAGCGCAAUCUGGAAGACAGCCAAUCAGUUCAGUACCAUCAAGAUCGAUCUCUCAGAAGACCUCCUCCAAUAUGGUAAUCCGUACGCCUUUAUCGAUCGUCUGGUAUGCAUCGUAACCCUGCUGUGCAAGGAGCAAGACAAGGACCAUGUCGUUUCGAAAUCUGUGCACCUGAACCUCGGCAGCUUCUUCCAGCAAAUGCUCCCUUUCAACGAGAAGUCCCAGCUAGAUGGGCGGUAUGGAGAGUAUCUCGACUGGUUGUUCUUCCAUUCCGACACCCACGAGCCAGACCACGACAAGCUCGCGAAGGGUAUAGUACGCAGCCUGCAGCGACUGGUGGCUACGAUUGGCAAGCAUUCUGGCCGCGAACAGUGGAAGAUCUUCGUGAAGACUGAGAUUGCGGAGGAGGACGAGGGCGGUGCGAAGGCGCUGUUCGAUUUCCAGGUCGAUUGCGCGGAGCAAGGUGUCGAGGUUUGUCAGAUUGAGGGCUGA